AUGGCCGAUCGUUCCCGUGCAACUACAAAUGGAAAUGGUGUCUCGCGCACCCGCAACGGUGCUUCUUCUGCUGGCGUCCGUCGCAAUCUGUUCCAGAGCCAGUUGACCCGGCGACCUACCGCCGGGUCUACGUCCACAUCCGCCGAGACAUUGCAUUUAGACGUCGAUGUCUUGUCUGAUACCUCUGAAAUUGUUGUUCGCGAUAAACAUGGAGAAAUUGAGCUUGGAGAUCCCCCAACGCCAAUGAUGGACGAUGAAGACGAACUACCUUUGGAUAAUGCACAAGAGUGUGAAAGUAUGCAAUGCCCCUGUCUCAGAUAUUGA